GUUCCCUACCUUUUUGCCUUAUCUUGCAUAGCAAGAUCAUCUAUCCUAGAACUUUUAUCCACUUUCACAUUUACUUCUACUAGUUGUAGGAGUCAACAGCUCGAAAGCUCAAAAGCUUCUAUAGAAGAAUAUCUCUAGAUCAUCUAACAAGACCAGAGAGAGAACUAACAUCUCACUGAUACCUAUUUGAUCUGCCUAAGUAAGGCAUCACUUACAAACUUCUAGUUCUCGUCUGCCAAGUUCGCCUGCUGCUGCUGAAGACAACCUAAGAACCAAUUGCCCGGCCAGACUGGCUUGCGCUGCGUGAGUUUCGGAAUCAAUUGAUAGCCCAUUCGGCAAACCAGGAUCUAUCGACAAUGGCCUCCCAUCCGAACUCGACUCUAACCACAAUGCUGUCACAUCCGCCCCGAGGCGGUCUUCAGGCCCGAAAUCGACAACACAGACGACAAAAUUCGACACCAACAGGCUUUGAGACGACGAAGAUCGCGUCCAACCUGCCCAACAUGCAUCUGCACCAUCAACAACAACAACGUUCGCGAAUGGCCCAUCGCCGGGGCAUGAGCUUGGACACAAGACGACAACACCAACACCAGAUGCAAUCACCGACAGUACCACAACGGCAGGAAUUCCAAACGGUAAGUAACGCUACUAACAACACAGGAUCAAUCACAUCACAGCAUGUGCUGCGAGAAGCGCAGCAGCAACGCAUGCCUCGCCCGGGCCCCCAGCAAGCAUACGCGAACUUGGCAAGCGAAGACAACUACCUGAUGUCCCCUCAUGGGACACCACAGGCACAAAGCUUUGAUGGACAAGGCUUUGGCAAUCUCCCAAGCCAGCAGGAAAUGCAGCUAAGCUUGGGGAUGUAUAAUGGCCAGAUGGAUGCCAUUAUGAAGAAGAACCAGGAGAACUUCUCCAAUAACAUGACAGCGUCUCAGGACUUCGACCACUUCCCGUCUAGUGCGAUGUCCACACCCACUUUCAUGAGCUUCCAGGAUAGCCCUACGGGUGGUCCUGGCUGGAUUUCGGAGGGAGAGACUUCUAGCACUAGGAGGAGCUCCCGUCGAAUUAGCAAUGGAAUCAUGGACAGAGUUAGCAAAUUCGAGACAUUGGGACUUGAGAUCCAGAGACCUUUAACACCUCCUCGACAGAAUGCCGCAGACUACUUCCCGCUUACCCCCACCGAUACUCCACAUGAUAGGACCAUAAAGCAUGUUCAACCACCUCAACCGCAACGAUUCUCGGAAGGUUACGACGAGUCGAUGGAAGAAACCGUUAAGCCAACAAGACAACCUGCAAACCGACGGUCGCGAACAACCUUCGACGAGAUGCGGCAAGCAGCCGAAGCCCAACAAGUUUCAAUGCCCAUGCCAAAUAGAUCCAACGCAAUGCCUUUACUAGAAGCGUUCAACCCGCCAUCAGACCCAAUGGCAGAUUUCCUAGAUAUGAACCAUAUCGGCAAUAAUGGUCUCAGGAUCGACACCGCUUUCGAUGGACUUCCCGCCUCUUCACAAUCCUUCAGUGCUAGCUCGGACCUUUCCGGACACUCGACGCCUAUCACACCGCACAUGAGCGAGUUCAACGGCUCUUUCGACUACAAGCCUGAUAUGCGUCUACCUAGCUCAGAAUCUGACUUGCAGGCUGGUCAUGGAUCAUCUUCAAUCGAAAGGCCAUCUCGCCGUGGGUCCCCUCAUCAUCAGCAUCGUCGAAACGAGUCUAUGGCGAGCAUUGCUAGCGCCGCUAGUAUUGCCAGCAUCGAUAUCGAAAAAACCAAGACGGUGACGGGAAUUACACUUGAAGAUAUUCACCAGUUCAUUCAAGGCCCCGACCCUCGAGACAAUAAGUGGACCUGCACCUUCGAAGAUUGCAACAAGAAGUUUGGCAGGAAGGAAAACAUCAAGUCUCACGUACAGACGCACCUGAACGAUCGUCAAUACAAGUGUCCAACCUGCCACAAGUGCUUUGUUCGACAGCACGACCUCAAACGACACGCGAAGAUACACACGGGUAUCAAGCCUUACCCUUGCGAAUGUGGCAAUAGUUUUGCUCGCCACGACGCGCUUACUCGGCACAAACAGCGCGGUAUGUGUAUCGGCGCGUUUGAUGGCGUAGUGAGGAAGGUCGUGAAGCGUGGGCGUCCCAGGAAGCACCGACCUGAUAUGGACGAGCGCAAGGAUAAGUCGGCUCGUACCCGCAAGAAGAACAAGUCCACGUCGUCGGUUUCGUCGCAAUCCGGCUAUUCGGAUACCUCAGAAGGAAACUCGCCGGAGACAAUCGACCAGGAUUUCGGUAUGUUGGACGACAUCAUGGAUGUUUCAAUGGGAGGAACAACAAUGAACCCAUGCUCUUUACAGGGGAUGAGCUCGUCCUCUGCACCGAUGCCGAGUCUCGCCGGCGAUACGCCGAUCAGCAAGCACUCCCCGUCGACGACCAGUGUGCACUCGUACGUCUCACAGCUGUCGCACAUGUCGCUUCACCAGGAACUUGGUCCCGAUGCGCUAUCGUCGCAGCCAGGGUCUCCGGCAAAGAGCGUAGCCAGCCAAUUCAACGAACUUCCAGAGCUUUCUCGGUCGUCGUCUCCGCCGUCCGGUAGUCGAUACUUUGAUGCCGAACCCAACUCUAGCGGCACGGACCUUACCAUCAGCACCGGUAUCGAGUCGACAAAUAUUCCAAGCUUUGUUGGGAUGAACGAGAAUGAUGAUGACAUACUGUUGCAAUUCACGAAUAACGAUUCGAUGUUGAUGCUUAACCCGGACGCUAAGUUCGACGAGGCUUUCGACGGCGUCGAUAUGUUUACCAACAACGACGACUUAUUCUUCGGCAGCACUUAAGAUUGUGCUCUGGAAGAAAGAGAUAUAUAUAUGCCAGUGACGUACUGUUUUCUUGCCAUAUCCUCGUUCGAGGCUCGGUCUUAUUUAUUCAUAUUUUGAUUUUAUUUAGAAGGAAAUCAGGGCAGACCAGAUCGGGAAUAUAAUGAAAUUUAUGCUUGGGUGGAACACUUGAUCUUGAGGGCUCGGUCGUGAGCUUGCUCUCUCUCUCCGGGCCUGGUUCAAAAUCAUGUACGAUAUCGUGUGGGAAUAUCUUUUUUAUCUAGGUGCGACGACUCCGGGGUUUGGGCGAAAAGGAAUCUAAGGGAGGCUGGACGGUCGUUUCGGCGUUUCAGCGUCGAUGUGGAAGAUGACCGUUCUUUUCCGGUCUUUAAUUUUAGCGGCGGCGGUGCCUCGUUACUUCUUUCUCCAUAGGAUCAAAAUACCAUCGGGAUGUAGUCACACAACUGGGUUCCUGCUUCGUAGAUUAUAGUGAUAAUAAUGAAUCAAUCUCUUGUUCGUAUCUUAUCCGGUAUCUCGGUACGUAGU